GUUAUGUCAAAAAAUUGUUGUUCCAUGUGUCAACGGAAAACAGUGAUUAGCAUCUCAUAAUUCGAAUGGAACCACUGAAUGAUAAUUCAGGACAAGGAAAGUGUCAACAAAUAUAUUGUAAGCAACCGAUUUCUUGUCCUUGGAAUAGCGUACAACCCUAUCCAAAUACCACGAGCAAAAUCAAUCAGGAACCAUCCACAAGCUGCUCAAGUAAUGACAAAUCUUUCCCAUCAAUACAACAAUCCUCUACACAAUUUUUUUAUUUUUUGCGGUUGAUGCAGUUAUUUCCAGAGACCCAUCCUGCAACAAUACACACAGUUUUGUGUCUCUGCAAGAACAAUUUUUUCUAUGCAGUUGACAAACUACUGUAUGCUAGGAAGUGUAAGGCAAUAUACAUUCAAAAGCAGCCGAAUUACAGAAGGUGUCCCUAUGAACGGAGUCAGCCUCUUUCUGUGAAUAAUGAAAGUUCUAGUUGUAGAAAAGAUGAAGUUUUAGAUCUUAAAAUUCAGCCAAUAAUGCAUGGUAGCUGUAAAAGAGCAGUAACGACUUCUCGAAAUGUUUCUAAUGCUUCUAAAUCGGUUAAAGAAAGCGUUGGAAUGCUAGAAGGUACUUCAAUAAGUACUGAAGGCUUAGUUAGAACAAAUAAUUGUAUAUGUAGAAGCGAGUGUGUAGCAACUCAAACUACCAGAAUACUUACGGAACCAAGUAACUCAAGUAAUACUUCAGUGGAAAACGUUCCUGUUAAUUCUGAUUCAGCUGCUAACAAAAAUAAAGCUGGUACAACAUUUUCUAGCUGUGUUAAAUCGGAUGUUAACAGAUUCGACAGCAGCUCUAACAGUACUAUUGAAAAACAGGCGAGCUCUAAUGAAGAAAAUGUCGAAAUAGUAAAAUCUAUCAUACAAAGCGAUAUUAUUAUUCUCCCUUAAUAUCACUUAAUUAACUUAAAUAUAUUGCUAUGCAUAGAUUAAAUAAUUUGUGUUUUGGA